AUGAAAAUACCGAAUGUCUACACAGCUCAGGCAGCAUUGCGUGAUGUAAAUUUAUUCAUUGAACCACCAGCCGUACGACGCAGUCAAUCGGUCACAUUACGUUGCCUCUAUUCUCUGGAGGGUGCACCGCUGUACUCUGUGAAAUUUUAUCGUGGCCAAUUGGAAUUCUUUCGUUACACGCCCGGCGAAUAUCCCAAUACAAAGGUUUUUCAUUAUCCCGGAAUAAAAGUCGAUGAGAGUGUUUCGAAUGCCACUCAAGUUGUUAUACGCAACGUGAACUUUGGUUUAUCUGGAAAUUUUUCCUGUGAAGUUACAGCCGAUGCUCCAUUAUUUUCAACCGCCACAGCAUAUGCUCAGAUGCAAGUUGUCGAAUUUCCUGAUAAACGACCCCAGCUAUUUACGGACCAUACACGAUAUGAGCCGGGUGAUGUAUUGCGUGCUAACUGUAGUACGCCACCAUCUCGGCCAAGAGCUGAAUUAAGAUUUACGAUAAACAAUAUACCGGUAUCUUCCGAGGAAACACAAUACAUUAGAACAGUUGACAAUUUAAUUGCGUCGAGACUGAGUCUAAAAGUGCAAUUGCAGUCGGUACACUUUGCUGCUGCAUCAGCCUCUGGCUCCAAUGCUGGCAGCAGUAGUAAUUCACACAUGAUAAAUGCCUUGGGUCCUGGCGGAACAACGUAUUCCGGUGGCUCUAAUGCCGGCGCCACAGGGGGUGCUUUGCUGCUGCGUUGUACAGCACAAAUUGGUGAUUUGUAUCAGGAAUAUAAAGAAAUUGAAUUAGGAACACCACAAAAGGAUCCAAUACCAGCCAGAGUAACGUCAUCCGGUGGAGGCUUUCGUGGAUUUUUGGAAACUUAUUUUGGGCCGAACUCAGCUGCUAUGCCCAAAAUAAAUUCCCAUCACUAUAAAAUGUUACUCGCAAAUUGCAUUCUGAUAUUGUGUCUCACAGCUGGCUAUCAAAGAUAGUUUAUUAAUUGAAAAAAAAAAAAAAUACAUAAACAAAUGUUUAAAAUAAAGCCAUUAAGUUUUAUUGUAAAAUAAUAUUAUUUUUAAUGUUAAGGUAAUUUUACAUAAACAAAAAACAAAUAAUAAAAUAUAAAAUCAGCCUAAUUAGAUUUAGCAUAGAUUGAAAUAUUGUAUAAGCAAAUCGAGUGCAGUGCAAAGCAGCAACAAAAAACCUUUAUAAUUUAAUUAAAAUAUAUUAAUUUAAAUUUCCUCUUCAACAAAAAUAACAGAAUCAUAAAAAAAAUCGUUCAUGCUAUGCUUGUUUAGAUAAUAUUACUAUUUAAUGAAUUAAAAUAAAGAGUUAUUUACCUGGAAAAAAAUAGUAGAUAAUUCGAACAAAAAACCCUUUAAAGUGCAGAUUAAAGUCAGUGAAAAUAGUCCAUUGUAUAUACGGUGAGGAGUGUGGUAUACUUUAUCAAUAUAUUAUUGUUUUGUUUUAUUUCCAAUUUUAAAUAUAUAUUUGUUAAUUUACACAUGAUUAAUGGUCAAAUAUUAUCAUUGACAUUUUGUAAAUAAUUGCCAUUUUCAAAUGAAAUGAAAAAAAAAAACCGAACAUGCACUUUAACGUCUAUACUAAACACUCUAUUAUUGAUAACAUUAAUAAUGUUUAAUGCUUUAAAAAUACUUUGUAUCCCAGCAAAUAUAAUUUUUAUCAUUCCCAAGUAAUUAAUCCACACGGAUGCCAGUACUCCAGGUUAAUUUCAAAUGAAUUAAAAAGAAUAGAUGAAAACGAACAAUAUCAUGAGAACCGUUUUUUUUAUAAAUCAAGUCGUCAUCGGUGAUCCAAAGAAGCAAAAAUUAUUUACCAUCAUUUAGUUAUGCCCUUCUCUUGAAAGUCAGAUGUAUUCGCCGGCAUAUUGGAAAAGCCAUCAUUAGAAACGCACACGAAAUGAUUUUUUUUUUUAAUUUUUCCAAUUAUUAUUGAAAAUAUGUUAAUCAUACUUUUUGUUCAAUUUACCUUUUUGUCGUGAGAUCCAUUUUUCGAGAAUUCUUUAUAGUUUUAUGCAAACAGUGAUAUCCUAGAAACCCUUUUGACUAGAAUGAACGAAUCCCAUAAAAAACAACACUCCUUGAAAAAAUAUUUCAUCAUGUACUGAUGCAAAGUUAAUCUCUUUGGUUUUGACCAGAGGCACCAGACCAUGCAAAGCUUCUUGGAAAUUGCCCGUUAUUUACGUCCUCUUUCGUGUCAAUGGGUAUUCAAAACAAAGUUUCACAAUUUAUAUUCCUGUAUAUAUUUUGCUAUUUGAGAUAGAAAAA